GCGAAGAUGAACAAGAUGGAGACGGGAGAAAUCUACCUCCAGCUGGGAAACUUCUUACCAUUGGAUGAACCUGUCACAUGGCAAACAGGAUUUGAGGAUAUGCUGAGUAAAGUCUUAGUUUCUGAGGGGCAGGAUCGUAGCAACGACUUUAUUGUUCCGAUAUUUGUGUACAGCACAACGACCGGAAUAUCAGAGACAGAUAUUACGGAGAUGAUUUCCAGUGCCAGAGAAUUAACAGGAGUUGACCCAACUGUGGUUCUGACCCAUGAACUAUGUGUUUCUACCAAUGAGCUGACCCAAAUCAGAGACACAUUUCGAAAGAUGGGGGCAAGGAACAUCUACCCUGUGGAAAACUACACCCAAGAGGAUAGCCUGAAAACAAGGGGAAAACAUAAAGCCAUUUUACUGUGUCUCUACGAGUCUCUUAAAGAUGUUGAAUUUCGAAUGCAGCAGGAAUUGAAUCCCGUUCAGGAGAGAAUCAAAAUGAAAAACUUCCUUAUUACGUUUGCACAUGGCAGGGCUUUAGAGAAGCAGAAACUGGAAUUUGAAGACAACCGGUUUAAGGAACAACAAGAACGGGAUCGGGCAAAGGCGGCAAACAAACCUUGGUACUAUUUCUGGGCAAGUUAAAGGGGAUAUAACAACCAAACAUUACUCAGU